CAGACGCAGAUGCUGUUGGGAGCACGUUUUUGCUGCAUGUUGUGUGGGGGGCAGGCAGUGUCAGUGAAUGAAAGUUGCUCACCGUCUGAUGAAAUAUUCCCUGGAUAUUACUCUACCACGGUGUUUCCAGUUUAAGGGACAAUGUCUAUCAAAAUGAUGUCAGCAAACAAAACGGUUUUGAAAUGUUUCAGAACUUUUCACAACAGCUGUCCACGAGGGUUCGGCACUGGAGCUGCUUCCCUUGGCUCCGUCAGUUUAAAAGGUCGCAGCUGCCUGACUCUGAAAGAUUUCAGCGCAGAAGAAAUAAAGAAGCUGUUAUGGGUCUCAGGUGAUCUGAAACAUCGGAUCAAACAUGAAAAACAGUAUCUUCCUCUUCUCCAAGGGAAGUCCAUUGCAAUGAUAUUUGAGAAGAGGAGCACCAGAACCAGAAUGUCCACAGAAACAGGUUUUGCUUUGCUUGGCGGGCACCCCUGUUUCCUCACUUCUCAGGACAUCCACCUCGGAGUGAACGAGAGUAGCACAGACACGGCCAGGGUCCUCUCAGGGCUCUGUGAUAUUGUCUUGGCACGAGUAUACAGCCACUCCACGCUGGUGGAGCUGGAGAAAGAGGCCUCCAUACCUAUCAUUAAUGGCCUCUGUGACCUCUACCACCCAAUCCAGAUUUUAGCUGACUACCUCACUUUACAGGAGCAUUAUGGGUCCCUGAGUGGGCUGACAUUGAGCUGGAUUGGAGAUGGGAACAAUGUUCUUCAUUCCUUCAUGAUGUCAGCAGCCAAACUAGGGGUUCAUCUGAAGAUUGCUACACCAAAGGGUUAUGAACCAGAGAAGAGUGUAAUCGAAGAGGCCCAAAGACUCUCCAAAGAGCAUGGGACCCAGCUGGUCCUGACCUCUGACCCCAUGGAGGCAGCCCGUGGCAGCAAUGUCUUGGUCACUGACACCUGGGUCAGCAUGGGGCAGGAGGAGGAGAAGAAGAAGAGGCUCAAUGACUUUAAAGGUUACCAAAUUACAAUGAAGACAGCAAGUGUGGCUAAACCAGACUGGACCUUCCUGCAUUGUCUCCCACGUAAAAUGGAGGAGGUGGAUGACGAGGUGUUUUACUCCCCCCGCUCUCUCGUCUUCCCUGAGGCAGAGAACAGAAAGUGGACCAUCAUGGGUCUGAUGGUUUCUCUUCUGACUGACUACUCCCCACAGAUCCCCAUUCUUAAGUUUUAAUGUCACAUCUUAAGGUGGGCCUUUGUUAGUGUGUCAUGUUGUAUGACGAACAAGGUUCAAUGUCAGGUUUAAACCACUUCAUAACAACAUCAAAACACAGUGUUGAUUAUCUCAGAGUUGUUGUGUUUACAUAGUUUGCCUUUUUAACUGUUCAAGAGGAAACUGCAGAAACUAGUCUGUGCUUGAGUGCAGACAACCAAAGACAUCUGUUGAAAAAAGCCUAAAUUAUGUUUACUUUUAACAUUUACUGUGAUAGAGAGCAGACAUGAGAUCCACAGUGGACAUACUGACCAUUAUUGACUCUUUCUUUACCUUCCUAAUGUUGUUUUGUCUCUGCAGCUUCCUCCAACAGCAUCAAAAACAUGUAUCACCCUAGCAUAGUCUUAUUCUUGGCAGCCAGUUCACUUCAGCUUCCACGUACAUUUUGCAUAGCUACAAUUUACACAGGCUUCUGCAAAUUACAGUUUAGAGUGUAACCUGACUGUAAACUAGCUUCACAAAGUAAUGUCAUAUCUGUAUGGAUAAGAUGUAUUUCAGGUUACUGUGACGGGUCAUACACUGCAUUAUAUAGCAUGGAUAUCCUGGUUUCCCAAUGGUGUAAGAUUCACACCACACUAUAACAUAAAUGUCCUGGUUUGAUUCCAGCAGGGGACCUUUUUUAAAUGGCAUAUCCAUCUGUUUUCCCAGCAUCACAUGUUUUAUGCAAACUUAUAUGCAGUAGAAUGUGUAAAAGGAGCCAGGGACCAUCUUAAUGCAGAGUUUGAGAAUGUGAUGUUACUUCUAUAUGAAUCAUUCUGGGUUACAAGUUGUGGAAGUUGCAACUAUAUAAAAUCCUGCCUUUAAAAUUUUGCAUGAUUGCCCUUGCCAGUGUAAGAUGAAAGCAUUAUGUCAUUGAUGAAUAAAUGUGUAAAAGUUGUUCUUUAA